AUGUCUUCCUCCUAUUACGAGCCUCAGGGCUGGCAGGCUCCUGCUGCUCGCCAGGCCUCAUGGGAACAGCCGGUGCCGCCCUCCCGAUCGGGCUCAAGCUCCGUCUCCCAGCGCGAUGACAGUCCGGCCUUCUCUUCUCAGUUUGACGAGAUCGACCGUGCAAUUGACAACCUCGUCAAGAGUGGCAAGCUGUGGACUGCUCCUCGCCGGGACUCCAUGCCCAUGAUGAUGGGUCGUCCCUAUCCUGAGUACGACCCUCGCAUGGGUGGUGGCCCUCAGCGACACCAUUCGAUCAGCGAGUUCGACAACACUCGGAUGCACCCCGCGGGAAACGCCCAAGGCUUUUACGCCUCACAACGGUACCAGGGUCGACCCAAUGAAGUAGAGCAGAUGAUGCAGGCAAAGCGUCGGAUGGCAGCCCAACGUGAACGGGAGCUCCGCAACUACCACCAGGAGCAACAGUACAAUCGAAGCCUCCUCGCUGAGAUGUCGGCCAGCAAGUCCGAUCGGUCCAACAGCCCAGCGGCUCUGAGUGAAGACAGCCGCCGUGAUCUUCUGGCCCGCCAGCACCGCGCCCUGUACGGCAACGAGAGUCCCGCCUUCUUCCCUCCGGGCCCACUGGCGGAAGACAACACUGCCACUCGGGUGGACACUCCCAGCGCCGGCACCCCAACCUCCUCGGCCCAUGUCGCCUCUCCCCGCGGCAACGGUCCCUUUGGGCUGAACCACGCCGGCGGGAUUUCGACUGACGCUGCCUCGAAUCUGCAAUCCCCCUCUCGGGCCAACAGCACUUCUUCCCCGAGCUCGGCCAUCAAUGCAGGCUUUCCCGAACAGCCCGGCACUUCCUCAUCCUCCCCUGCAGCUGCAGGCUCACCUUCCUCCCGACAGGGUUCCGUUUCCAAAUCAUCCACAGGGCCCAUGGGCGCCGUUGGUCCAAUUGGCUCCCGUCCCGUUUCUGGACCGCCAACUUCGGCUCCCAUCUCCAACCCAGCGCUGAGCAAGCCGCGUUCAACGACACCCCUUCCAUCCCCAUUGGGCUUUGGCUUCACCCCAAGCGAAGCUGCCGCUGUUGUCGGCGAGCGCUCCGCUUCUGUUUCUUCUAACCCCACUGGCCCGGCCACCACCAUGGCUCCGGGUGCCAAGGACUCAUCAGCUGGUGUCGGUCUCGGCUGGAGCAACAACGGGGGGUGUGGGGUUCGAAAAGCGGACUUGGUGUGCAGGCUUCAGUCUGGGGCUAAGCAGGCCCUGCUGGGUCUCGGCUCUCGACAAGAACCUUAUAAUAAGGGAGCAGUGGAGGAGGAGAUGGUGUCCGAGUUCACUCUGUUCUUUGAUCGGUUGGAAAAAAUUACUUCAUCUUCGGCUUUGGCGCGCGUCUGUCUUCCAGCAUACAUCCGGGAUUCGGUGUCACUGUCCUUCUUAUUGUGUGCUCCUGACUUUCUACUCUGUUGGGUCAUCUUCCUGCAAUUUUUGAUGUUUUGUUCCUGGGCGUUGUGUGAGAGAAACUUGGGACCUGUCCUGCUGUUCCACGGAGUGCGGGAGGAAUGGGUCCAAUGCGUGAACUUGGUGUCUUCUGGAAUUGUUCAAAGGGCUGCCUCGGUGUUUGUCUUUCUUGGGGUCUGUACCUCUUAA